UGCGUAUUCGUCAGUUUCGCCUACUGGUCAUUUCCUCCUCCUCCUCCUCGCUCUCUUCAUCAGGCAGUGACGCAGAAGAAGAAAGGAGUGAGCGGCUGAGUUUCGGUACCUGACACUCUACCUCAGCUAGUUUCGAUCUUGCUGCUGCUGCUGCUGCGACUCACUCUGGUUGUUCUGUACCUUGAUGUGACUGACAGGUACGCGAGGUGGUUGUGUAAAGGCUUUCAAUUGUGGGUCGUGCGUAUGAUAGAUCUGAGUGGAGCUAUUUCUCUGCAUUUCGGGGUAAGUCCUGCAGAGGCUAUAUCAGUGCUGUCCAAAAUGGGAAACCCAGGAAAGGUCGAUGCCUAUGUCCCGAAGAACAUCCUCAUCACCGGUGCCGCGGGGUUUAUCGCCUCCCACGUUGCCAAUCGGCUGAUCCGAAACUACCCGCAAUACAAGAUCGUUGUGCUGGACAAGCUGGAUUACUGCUCGAAUCUGAAGAACCUCUUUCCCUCCAAGGCCUCAAAGAACUUUAAGUUCGUCAAGGGCGAUAUCGGCAGCGCGGAUCUGGUUAACUACCUUCUCAUCACGGAAGGUAUUGACACUAUCAUGCACUUCGCUGCACAAACCCACGUCGACAACUCUUUCGGAAAUAGCUUCGAGUUCACGAAGAACAACAUCUAUGGUACUCACGUUCUCCUCGAGGCCUGCAAGGUUACCGGCCAGAUCAAGCGCUUCAUUCACGUUAGCACUGACGAGGUUUACGGGGAAACCGAGGCAGAGGCUAUCGUAGGGAACCAUGAGGCGUCUCAGCUGCUGCCCACCAACCCCUACUCAGCCACGAAGGCUGGCGCAGAGAUGUUGGUGAUGGCCUACGGGCGCUCUUAUGGCUUGCCAUGUAUCACCACCCGCGGUAACAACGUAUAUGGACCCAACCAGUUCCCCGAGAAAUUGAUCCCGAAGUUCAUCUUGCUGGCAAUGCAGGGGAAGCCACUGCCGAUCCACGGCGACGGAUCCAACGUCCGGAGCUACCUGUACUGCGAGGAUGUGGCUGAGGCCUUCGAAUGCGUACUGCACAAGGGAGUCAUUGGGAAUGUGUACAAUAUUGGCACGAAGAAAGAGCGACGCGUGAUCGAUGUAGCGAAGGACAUCUGCGGGCUUUUCAACUUGGACUAUAAGAAGUCGAUCAAGAUGGUCGACAACCGGCCGUUCAACGAUCAGCGCUACUUCCUGGACGAUAAGAAGCUGAUCGAGCUCGGGUGGCAGGAGAGGACAAGCUGGGUCGAUGGUCUGCAGAAGACUAAGGAUUGGUACAUGAGCCACCCCGAUUGGUGGGGCGACGUGUCUGGCGCUUUGGUGCCGCACCCGCGGGCGCUGACAAUGCCUGGAGUGGAGAAGCUCGCUGAGAUGCAGAGAGGUGAGGCUAUUAUCACUCUGGAGGAAGACAGUGCACCCUCUGCUAAGGAAAAUGGGGCGGCUCUAUCGAAGGACGGGAAGGAACAAGGAGUGGUCGACGAGAUCGUAUCGAAGUCAUCCCCGGCCAACAACGGAGUGAAGAAUUCGGAUCUGAAGUUUUUGAUCUACGGGCGGACGGGAUGGCUCGGUGGGCUUCUCGGGAAGAUGUGCGAAAAGCAGGGUAUUGCGUAUGAGUACGGGUCCGGGCGCCUGGAGAACAGAUGCUCCUUGGAGGCUGACAUAGCCGCGGUGAAGCCGACCCAUGUGUUUAACGCGGCGGGUGUCACCGGGCGGCCGAAUGUGGAUUGGUGUGAGAGCCACAAGGUGGAGACAAUCCGUGCGAAUGUGGUGGGUACGUUAACGCUGGCAGACGUGUGCAAGCAGAACAAUUUGGUGUUGAUAAACUACGCGACUGGUUGCAUCUUUGAGUACGAUGAGAAGCACCCGCAGGGCAGCGGGAUCGGAUUCAAGGAAGAGGACACACCUAACUUCGCGGGGUCGUAUUACUCGAAAACGAAGGCAAUGGUUGAGGAUCUGUUGAAUGAGUUCGACAAUGUGUGCACAUUGCGGGUGCGGAUGCCAAUCUCCUCCGACCUGCAGAACCCACGGAACUUCAUCUCAAAGAUCGUAAGAUACCAGAAGAUUGUGAAUAUCCCCAACAGUAUGACCAUCUUGGAUGAGCUGCUGCCGAUCUCGCUGGAGAUGGCCAAGCGCAAUUUGACAGGUAUCUGGAACUUCACGAACCCAGGAGUAGUGAGCCACAACGAGAUCAUGGAGAUGUACAAGGAAUACAUCGACCCCGAGCUCUCAUGGGUUAACUUCACUCUCGAGGAGCAAGCCAAAGUGAUCGUCGCUGCCAGGAGCAACAACGAGAUGGACGCGUCCAAAUUGUCGAGGGAGUUUCCGGAGGUGCUCGGCAUCAAGGAGUCUUUAAAGAAGUUUGUCUUCGAGCCCAACAGGAAGACCCCUGUGAGCAAGUAGAUGGCAGCAACAGCAUUAGGAACAGGACUUAUCAUUAAUUUUUUCCCUGAUUCUCAUGUCUAGAAGCAGGCAUGCGACUCGUGGUGAACGUCGAGGUCGCUCACUCAUUCGGUGACCAUUGUCGAAUAUGUAGGUAGCAAACAACGACUUAGCCUAUAAUUCUCCUGUAAUACAAAACCUGUUCUUAAUUAAUUGUCACUUCGUAGUGGUAGAACAAUUUUGUUUGAGUAGGCGAUUUCUUGAAAAUCACUUUUUUGUCAGUAAAGGCCUAUUUUGAGCAUUCCAA